AUGAGUUUUAAAUUAAAAUAUUUUUUUAUUUACUUUGUAUUUAGUGUAAUAAAUAAAAAAUAUAUCAGUUGUUUGGAUGAAUUAAUUAAUUCAAAUGAAAGUGAAAAUAAGAUUUACUUAAAUUUUAUUAGUGAGGAUAAAAACUAUGGAUGUACAAAUUCGGUAGAACGAGAUUUGAUAAAUGGUAAAAAAUUUUUAAAAAGUAGUGAUUUAAAUGAGAAAUUAAAAAUUAAUAACAGAAGCUUUUUUAGUGUAAAAAAUUCAUUUCAUAAAGAAUUUUUAAUUUACUUUUUUAAGUCAAGUGAUAAGUUAAUUUCAAACGAUUUUUAUAAAAUAUUAUUUGAUUGUGCUGAGUCAUCAUCAGCCAAACCUUAUUUAGUAGAUAUUUGUGUAAAAAAAUAUUUUAAAAAAUAUAACAUUGACUUUUCCUCAACAUGCUUGAGUUGUUUCACUGAAUUUAUUGGAUGUACUUUUAUUUCUUGUAAUAAACAGUGCUCAUUAGAUCAAUGCAGUUCUGAAUGUAAAACAUGUAGUGAUAAAAAUUGUUUUAAAAAGUUAUUAAGUUGUACUAAAUUAGACAAAUUACCAGACCCAUGCAAAUGA